GGGAGGGAGGGCAGGAGGGAGGCUGCAGGCCGCUGUAAUGGCGACUCUCUGUGUCUGAUCCGAGUCUCAGCUCAUUGCAUCGGCGCGGUUCCUCACAGAUCAUCGGGGUUUCUCUUUAAUCUGCGACCUUCAGAGGGAAUUAAAGGAAAACAAUAAGGCAGGUUGGAAGGAAGAAACAGGAGCCCGGAUCCAUCUGUUGAGCCUCGAGUCGAGAUAAACGUCCUUUUUUUGUGUCUAUUUUGUCUUUACGUGUCCUACUUGUGUCUAUUUACUUGCUGUGCUCGAGUUAACCUGCUUUAUAACUUACUUUGUAAACGGUUAUCUAACGAGAGAAGAUUAUCGUUAAAUGAGCAGCGGGAGGAAUAACAGGGUGAUGAUGGAAGGAGUGGGCGCUCGAGUAAUCCGCGGCCCGGACUGGAAGUGGGGGAAGCAGGACGGCGGUGAGGGACAUGUAGGCACCGUGAGGAGCUUCGAGAGCCCGGAGGAGGUGGUCGUGGUAUGGGAUAACGGUACCGCGGCAAACUACCGCUGCUCCGGGGCCUACGACGUCCGGAUACUGGACAGCGCGCCUACAGGUAUCAAGCACGACGGCACCAUGUGUGACACCUGCAGGCAGCAGCCCAUCAUCGGCAUCCGCUGGAAAUGUGCUGAGUGCACCAACUAUGACCUCUGCACCACCUGUUACCACGGAGACAAACACCACCUAAGACACAGGUUCUACCGCAUCACCACGCCAGGCAGCGAGAGGGUCCUUUUAGAAUCUCGGCGCAAAUCCAAGAAGAUCACAGCGCGAGGAAUUUUUACAGGAGGCCGUGUGGUGCGAGGGGUGGACUGGCAGUGGGAGGACCAGGAUGGAGGAAACGGCAGGAGAGGAAAGGUGACGGAGAUCCAGGACUGGAGUGCUGCGAGUCCUCACAGUGCCGCUUAUGUCCUCUGGGACAACGGGGCCAAGAACCUUUACCGGGUUGGCUUUGAGGGCAUGUCGGACCUAAAAUGUGUGCAAGAUGCAAAAGGGGGAACUUUCUACAGAGACCACUGUCCAGUCUUGGGUGAACAGAACGGGAACAGGAACCCCGGCGGCCUGCAGAUCGGAGACCUGGUCAACAUCGACCUGGACCUGGAGAUCGUCCAGUCUCUGCAGCACGGCCAUGGCGGCUGGACGGACGGCAUGUUCGAGACGCUCACCACCACGGGCACGGUGUGCGGCAUCGACGAGGACCACGACAUCGUCGUCCAGUAUCCCAGCGGCAACAGGUGGACGUUUAACCCGGCCGUCCUGACCAAAGCGAACGUGACGCGCAGCGGCGAGGUUCCGGCCGGCGCCGAAGGAGGAAGCUCCCAGUUCAUGGUGGGGGAUCUGGUGCAGAUCUGUUACGACAUCGAUCGCAUUAAACUGCUGCAGAGGGGACAUGGAGAGUGGGCCGAGGCCAUGCUGCCGACUCUGGGGAAGAUGGGCCGUGUGCAGCAGAUCUACUCUGACAGCGACCUGAAAGUGGAGGUGUGCGGCACGUCCUGGACCUACAACCCAGCCGCCGUCACUAAAGUGGCUUCUGCUGGAUCCGCCAUUACUAACGCAUCUGGAGAGCGUCUGUCCCAGCUGCUGAAGAAGCUGUUUGAGACUCAGGAGUCUGGAGACAUUAACGAAGAGCUGGUGAAGGCUGCGGCCAACGGAGACCUGGCCAAAGUGGAGGACAUCCUGAAGAGACCGGACGUGGACGUGAACGGGCAGUGCGCAGGACACACGGCCAUGCAGGCGGCGAGUCAGAACGGCCACGUGGACGUCCUCAAGCUGCUGCUGAAACACAACGUGGACCUGGAGGCUGAGGAUAAGGACGGAGACCGUGCGGUUCAUCACGCCUCGUUUGGGGACGAGGGCUCGGUCAUCGAGGUCCUGCACCGAGGCGGAGCCGAUCUCAACGCCAGGAACAAGCGUAGACAGACGCCGCUGCACAUCGCAGUCAACAAGGGUCACCUGCAGGUGGUGAAGACGCUGCUCGACUUCGGCUGCCACCCAAGCCUUCAGGACUCGGAGGGAGACACGCCUCUCCACGACGCCAUCAGCAAGAAGAGAGACGACAUGCUGUCCGUUCUGCUGGAGUCCGGCGCCGACGUCACCAUCACCAACAACAACGGCUUCAACGCUCUCCAUCACGCAGCGCUGCGGGGGAACCCCAGUGCCAUGCGCGUGCUGUUAUCCAAGCUGCCACGGCCAUGGAUAGUGGAUGAGAAGAAAGACGAUGGCUACACUGCCCUUCACCUGGCUGCACUUAACAAUCAUGUAGAGGUGGCAGAGCUUCUAGUCCACCAGGGAAGUGCCAGUCUGGACAUACAGAACGUAAACCAGCAGACGGCGUUGCACUUGGCCGUGGAGCGCCAGCACACGCAGAUUGUCCGGCUGCUGGUGAGAGCCGAGGCCAAGCUGGACGUGCAGGACAAGGACGGGGACACGCCGCUGCACGAGGCCCUCCGUCAUCACACCCUGUCCCAGCUCCGCCAGCUCCAAGACAUGCAGGAAGUCAGCAAAGUGGAGCCCUGGGAGCCUUCCAAGAACACGUUGAUUAUGGGACUGGGGACCCAAGGAGCAGAGAAGAAGAGCGCCGCCUCCAUCGCCUGCUUCCUGGCAGCUAACGGCGCCGACCUGACCAUCCGCAACAAGAAGGGUCAGUCUCCGCUUGACCUGUGCCCCGACCCGAGCCUGUGCAAAGCCCUGGCCAAGUGCCACAAGGAAAAGAGCAGUGGGCAGGUGGGCUCGCGCAGCCCAUCUCUCAACAGCAACAGCGAGACCCUAGAGGAGUGCAUGGUGUGUUCGGACAUGAAGCGGGACACGCUGUUCGGGCCGUGUGGCCACAUCGCUACCUGCUCGCUGUGCUCUCCUCGCGUCAAGAAGUGUCUCAUCUGUAAAGAGCAGGUCCAGUCCAGGACCAAGAUUGAAGAGUGUGUGGUUUGCUCAGACAAGAAAGCAGCUGUACUCUUCCAGCCCUGCGGUCACAUGUGCGCCUGCGAGAACUGUGCCAGUCUGAUGAAGAAGUGCGUACAGUGUCGGGCAGUGGUGGAGCGCCGUACUCCUUUCGUCCUGUGCUGCGGAGGGAAAGGUAUGGAGGAUGCCACUGAUGAUGAGGACCUUACAGGGAGCUCUAACUCAGUGGCAGGGGGGUCGCAGGAUCUUCUCCAGCCCAACAAUCUGGCGCUAAGUUGGUCCAGCGGAAACAUCCCAGCCUUGCAGAGGGACAAGGACAACACAAACGUCAAUGCAGACGUGCAGAAGCUCCAGCAGCAGCUCCAGGACAUUAAAGAGCAGACCAUGUGCCCGGUGUGUCUGGAUCGUCUGAAGAACAUGAUCUUCAUGUGCGGCCACGGCACGUGCCAGCUGUGCGGGGACCGCAUGAGCGAGUGCCCCAUCUGCCGGAAGGCUAUCGAAAGGCGGAUCCUGCUGUACUAGCGCUCCGGGCCUCGGGCUCCUUCCUGCUUCUCACCGCAGUACCCACUCCUGUGGCUGACGCUCAUCAGUGUUACAUCCAUUCUUUCUGUUUCUUUUUUUUUUUAUAUAUAUAUAUAUUAUUAUUAUGGUCUUAAAGCAACCAUCUCAUGGACUCAUGUUUUGCUACAUCAUGGCUUAUUCUUUAUGGUUCAUUACAAGCUCAUUGUACGGUGGAUGAGGAAACCAUUGUGUCUUGUGCUCUUCUUAACCAUUCCAUAGUUUUUGGCUUCUCCAUAAAGGUAACCUUGUUUAUUAGGGAGUAUUUUUUAACAGAGUGCAUCAGAUCUCUGUUUACCGGACAUCCGAGCUCAGAACACUACAGUACGACACUACGAGUCUCGACCUGUUCACCUUCAGCACGUUCACCUUCAGCAUCUGACGGAACUGCCGAGCAGAAGCUUGCGCUCGCCCUCUGUGAGAUUCCUACGCCGUAACGUUUUUUUGUUUGUUUUUUUUUUAAACGUCAGCGCGAUCUUGUACGUUUAGAAAAGGACGCGUCGAUUUUAACCCGAAAAGCGUUUGUAACAUUUUAAAGCUAAGUUCAAGUUCACGAAAGUUUAUUAUUUUUAUUUUUUCUUUUCAAAUCUUCUUCACAAGGCCACAGACAGUCAUGUGAUGGGGUUAUCCCCCCCCCCCCCUCCCCUGUCAGUCACAGCAACUCUAGUCGAUCGCGGGUGUCUGCGAACUCGUGUAUCCCGGAGACGGCGGAUAACAUACGGUUAUCUGACUUGAUGUGUCUCAGAGGAGCUCGCGUGGUUUCUUUAACUAGCGCCCCAUAGAUCUUGCUAACAAGUUAUAGAACAGCAAAACAUGAUAAACGUUAAAACGGUGCUAGCGCGACGUCAUUUUAAGAGCAAAAACACAAUGUCGCGGCCCUAAGGAAACAGAGGACUCAAGAAUAGACGUCUAUUGCUAACAAAGUGGACGCUAGUCGCUCAAGCCGAUCUAAUUCGCCGACGGUGAAUCGGCUCAGUAUGUGGUUUGUUUUUUUUUGUUUUUUACAGGAAAUGGAAGAAGGGUUAACAGGACAUCCUUAAUCCAAACCAAGAUACUCCACCAGGCCAGAGCUCUAAUAAAUCUAAAUUCUCACAUGUUUGCUAAACCAGAAUCGGCUGCUAGGAACGGCCAUGAGCAGUAAACCUGUUAAACAGCACAUUCAUCAUCAAUUCUAAAAGCUGGUGAGCAGAAAAACGUCCCAAAGACACCGGACACUCUGCUGUUGGCCCACAGAUGAUGUCUGAAGGUGAGAUGUUUCUAAAAGCUUCUCACCAGCAUCGUACUCAACUCGUGUAAGCGUAUUUAAACACGCCGGUCGCUGCGAUCCACAGAUCUCAAAUCUGUCCGAUCGAGUUUCGGAGAACCGGUGCAUCCUUAAAUUAAGCGCGCGAUGGACAAACGUCCGCUGCCGUCUCCGAGCUUCUGAAGACGGCGAACUACAGCGAGCAAAACCCGAGGAACACUAAACACUUCACUUCACUGUCGUCAUCGUCUUCUCAGAACUGCCAGAAUACAUUUAGCUGCCGUUUCCGAUAUUCUGAUCUAGUCAGGACAUUUUAAUCCACAUCCAUCACCUUUCUUUCUUUCUUUCUUUCUUUCUUUUUCUUUUUUAAACCAUGUUUUUUAAAAUAAAACCUAGAACCUCCAGUAUCUAUCAGUAGCAUAACCUUCAUCCACCGGGGUAUGUAACGAUGCCGGCCGUACCGCAGUAUGUACACACGCUUAGUAUUAUUAUUAUUAUUCCACGGCCUUAUCAAUAGGAGCGAAGGACUUGAGGUUGCGUUUUAAGAGCACAGAUACUGCGAAACAUAUCGAAGCCCCACAAACAGAUGAUGAUGAUGAUGAUGUACUGAUGAAGAGAUAACACACGUUUGCGGAACUAAAAUCUCAACCUACAAACGUUUUUGUGUUUCGGGGCAACAAGGUGUUGUGUGUGUGUGUUUUUUUUUGUUUUGUUCUGUUUUUUAAUUACAUUUGUAGACUGAAAUCGAGCGUUCAAUCUAAUCUAAACUUCAAGCUAAAAGAAAAACAGCUUUGUUCUGGUUAGUGAGUAUGAAAAGUCGGACACUAGGGGCAGCAACGAGGAACUUCUGUAGGGGAAAAGGCAGAGUUCUGGUGUAGAAACUCAUGUCACUAUUCUGAUCCUAACCCCUCUUUCUCUCUCUCUCUCUCUCUCUCUCUCUCUCUCUCUCUCUCUCUCUCUCUUUCUCUCUCUCUCUCUCUGGACAGUGUUGUAACCACGCUGAGGUCUUGUUAUAUAAUUUAUCAGAACCAUUACAUAUUAUUAGCAGUGCAAAACUUUUUCGUUCAUUUGUUUGUUUUGACGGGGUUUUGGGAGAAAAACGUAGGUUCAUACUUUUGUCUUUUUACUAUUUUGUAUCAUUUUCAUCCGAGUAAACGUUAACAUCCGAGGCUUAGGUGCACUAACGUACUUUACUGGUAGUGUCGUAUCGUGUCAUGGUUACUUCAAAGGUCUAUUUUGUACCUUAUUUUCAGUACAUAAAGAUUAUCCAGGUUUAAAAAAAAAUAAAAAAAAUAAAAGUUUGAUGUGUGCAGUACGUUUAUCAUGGGAAAUGUCCAUCAGUCUGUAUUGCAAAGAGCUUUUAAAAUUGCAGAAUAAAGAUCUAAUGAAAGAGC